CAACGAGGUGAUUAAAGCUAUUACUUGUUUCUUUCUUUUUUUUCUUCCCGAAAAAAGCAACGAACAAAACGUGAGAGAGAGAGAGAGAGAGCAAUGAACACUUGUCGAAUAGUUCUCCAACGCAGGUUCCUUCCCGUGAGCAACUCCAAGAAGGAAAAAUUUGACAGAUUCAUACCGAACAGAUCAGCCAUGGAUUUCGACUAUGCUCACUUGGCUCUUAUGGAAGAAGAAGAAGAAGAGGUCAGUUCAUCCAGAAAAGCUUAUAGAAAGCAAUUGGCUGAGACUAUGGGUCUUAACCGAACUCGAAUCCUCGCAUUCACCAACAAACCACCUUCUACUUCUUCUCUCCAGCAUCAGCAUCAGCAUCAGCCUCCUAGACGCAUUCCUCAGCGUCCCGAGAGAACUUUGGAUGCUCCUGGCCUUGUGGAUGACUUCUAUCUCAACGUUCUCGACUGGAGCAGUGCUAAUGUCCUAGCCGUUGCCUUGGCCAACUCUGUUUGUCUCUGGGAUGCUUCCACUGGCUCCGUGACUACGCUUGUCACGUAUGGUGAAGAUCAAGGACCUGUCACAAGUCUAAACUGGGCACAUGAUGGUAUCAACCUUGGAGUUGGGCUCAACAAUGGUCAAGUUCACAUUUGGGACUGUGUAACCAAGACUCUACUGAGAACAUUGCAAGGCUUCCACCACACACGAGUUGGGUCCUUGGCCUGGAACACUCAUAUAUUGACAACCGGGGGAAUGGACGGACGUAUCUUCAACAACGAUGUGCGGUUCAUGUCAUACCCUGUGUCUACUUACAAGGGUCACACUCAAGAGGUCUGUGGGCUCAAGUGGUCAGGAUCUGGUCAGCAACUAGCUAGCGGCGGAAACGACCGUCUAGUACAUAUAUGGGAUCGUUCUACUUGUACGCAGUGGCUGCACAGGCUCAGGGGGCAUACAUCUGCAGUUAAGGCUCUCGCUUGGUGUCCUUUCCAAAGCGAUUUGCUUGCAUCUGGCGGUGGUGCAGAAGAUAGGAAGAUCAAGUUCUGGAACACUCGCACAGGGGCUUGCUUGAAUUCGCUUGACACUGCUUCCCAAGUUUCUUCUCUCUUAUGGAGCAACAAUCAAAGAGAGCUGCUUUGCUCACAUGGGUCUCAGCUCACACUGUGGAAGUACCCAUCGAUGGUGAAAAUGGCUGAGCUCUCUGGUCAUACGUCAAGAGUUCUAUCUAUGACCCAGAGUCCAGAUGGUUGUACUGUAGUUUCAGCUGCAGGAGACGAGAAUCUGUGCUUUUGGAAUGUUUUUGGACUACCUGACACCACCGCCAAAAAAACUGUUCCAAAAGCAGCUCAUGAGCCGUUUUCUCAUGUCGCUCGUAUUCGUUGAAAACUCAACUACCCGAGGGGUCAAGGUCAAAAAUUUCUGCACCUAUCCCCGCUCGUCUUUGUUUGCAAGAGAGGUUUGUUGAGUCUUUUUUUGAACAGUCAAUUGCACCUUUGCUUAUUACUUAAAACUGGCAAAAUUGCAACUGACAGAGGAUGAGUUUGAAAAGAUUUGUCAGACCGAUUCUCCCAAAGGCCAAAGGCAAGGAAGAAGGACUGAGCCAAAUGCUACAUCAAAUAUUCUGCGUGCUGAAAAGAGUUUGGCAACUGGUAAAAUUAGAUAACCUGCCUGGAAGCACUAGACAAUCCGUGGAACCUCUACGGAAAUCACAGCAGCCACUACAGAACCUGUAAAACGGGGACGUGGCAGGCCACAAACAACAGGGGAUGCGAUGCUAGAUCAUCAUCAGUUAUUGGUUCCGAUGUUGUCUUACUUCCCCAGAUUGGUGAAUCGUCAGGAUCCAAAAUUACAUCGGUUUGGAAAUAAAAUGCGAUGUUGUUGUCCCAUUUCAACCCGUCGUCUGCCACGAAAAAAGAAAUGAAACAUUAAGUAUUGGUGGUUCUGGAAGGAAACAAACUACUGAUCGAUGUUGCUCGUGUCAUUUUCAGAGAAAAGCAUAAAGUUGGGGAGCCUUCUGAAACAACGGUAACAAAUGAGCCAGAUGGAAAAUCUGAAUAUGCACAUAGCCAAGACCAGCAUGGCGAGACAAGAACGAGGCUAAGAAGUUUAGUUACAGCUUGGAAGUUGGAACUCACAGCUGUAAGCUGACGUGGCAAGGGAUUCCCAGAAGCAUCAGAGACGGUCACAGGAAGGUCCGUCAUAGUCAGUACAGAAGAGAAGAGUAGAUGAUGAUGAUGAUCCAUGACGCCAAAGCAAAAUGGGGAAUAAGAAGAGAAUAAAGAUAUAAUAAGCUCUCUAAUGAUGGUUUUGAUUGGAACUGAAACGGAUCAUGUACAUAGCAGCAGUCUUGAGAGCUAUGAGAUUAGGUUGAAACAUUAUCUUUUGAAAUAUUACGAACUCUUUGUCUUGUAAUUUUUCCUGA